UGCUCUAUCCUUGGUCUAUCCUUCUAUUGUGCACUAUCCUUAUAUUUCCUUGGUUAUUCUCUGCUCCGGUUUGUUAAUUUAUGCUGUUAAAAGUGAUCCAGGGUCAUAGAAGACAUCGCAAGAACGGAUUGUAAGAAAUUAUGGAGAAGCUUAAGUCCCAGAGAACAGUUUGCUCUGGUCAAAGAGGAAGGCACGUGCCACAGGACUAGACGUUAGUAAAUUAACUUACCGAACUGAUUACAGCCCUCACACUGAUGAUCACGUUGCCACCCACCAUGUGAUUACGGCUGCUUUCUGCUCCUUAAUCAUGGGGUAUUGCUUAUCAGAAGACCGCCCGUGUACUUUACUAAUGUGCAGAGCUUUUCUGAGUGUAAUCUGGACGGAAACGGUCAAUUGAGCGUAACCACGCCUGCUUUUACAGAAUGAGGUGAACAACAAUGCCGGACGCUCUUUAACACACCCCCGGUUGUCUAAAUACUUCUCUUCUUACUUACAUAAAUGGCUGAAGAAGUAUUGAUACCGUCUCCGGGGAAAAUUCGAUCGCACCUUAACUUCUCCCUGCUGGCCGUGACUUUAUUGACGUCCUUCGGCAGCUCCAUGCUCUAUGGCUAUAACCUGGCUGUGGUCAACUCCCCCGCCAGGUACAUAAAGGACUUCUACAACCACACCAUCGUCAGCCGCAAUGGCACUGGGGUUAGUGAGGAGACGCUGACCGUCUUGUACUCGGCCACUGUGUCUAUCUUUGCCAUCGGCGGUCUGGUUGGGUCCCUGAUGGUUGGCAUGCUGGUCACCAAGUUCGGCAGGAAAGGGACGGUGGUGAAUUCCACUGUGCUGGUCUUUGUUGCCGGGAGUCUCAUGGGCUUCAGCAGGAUAUGCGGCUCCCCGGAAAUGGUGAUCUUUGGCCGCUUUGUGACCGGGAUUCACUCGGGCAUCUCACUCAGUGCGGUGCCCAUGUACCUGGGAGAGAUCGCGCCUAAGAACCUGCGAGGCUUCCUGGGCCUAGUGCCAAGCAUCUUCAUCUGCCUAGGGGUCUUCACAGCCCAAGUGCUGGGGCUGCAGGAGCUGCUGGGGAAGGAGGAGCACUGGCCCCUCUUCCUGUCCCUGGUGGUGGUGCCCACUUGUGUCCAGCUGAUCCUGCUGCCCUGGUUCCCGGAGAGCCCACGCUACCUGCUGAUUGAGAAGCACAACAUCCACGCUACCAUCACUGCCCUGAAGUGGUACCGUGCCAAAUGCAACAUCCAGGCAGAGAUCGAGGAGAUGCAGGAGGAGCAGCGCUCGCUGUCGUCGGUGGAGACGCUGUCUGUGUGGCAGCUGCUGCUGGACGGCUCUGUGCGCUGGCAGGUGGUCUCUGUGGCUGUCAUCAACGUGGGCAUGCAGCUGUCCGGCAUUGAUGCGAUUUGGUUCUACACCAACGACAUCUUCCAGAACGCGGGCAUCCCGGCUUCGCAGAUCCAGUACACCACGGUCGGAACGGGAGCCAUAGAGAUCAUCGCCGGGCUCAUCGGGUGCUUCACCAUCGAGAGGCUGGGCAGGCGGCCGCUGAUCAUCGGGGGCUUUGGUGUCAUGGGGAUCUUCUGCUCGGGCAUCACGCUCUCACUAGUCCUGCAGGAACGCAUCAGCUUCAUGCGGUACGUCAGCGUGGGCUGUGUGGUGGGAAUAAUUGCAGGCUUCUGCAUUGGACCAGCUGGAGUGCCGUUCCUGAUGACUGCAGAGCUCUUCAAGCAGUCCCACCGGCCUGCCGCCUACACUGUCGGGGGGUCCCUCAACUGGAUAUCCAACUUCACUGUUGGCUUUGUCUUCCCCUUCCUGCAGAUGUCAGCCGGGUCCUUCUGCUACCUGGUCUUCUCCGGCGUCUGUCUCCUCGUGUCCACCUACGUGUUCUUCAUCAUCCCGGAGACUAAGAACAAGACCUUCAUGGAGAUCAGCCAGAUGUUUUCCACCAAGGAGGCCGUGCCGGAGACCCAGGCCUUGAGUUUGCCGGAUCAGCUCAAGCUGAAGAAGAUGAAUGGCUAUGGCGCACUGGAAAGCGGCUCGCUGGAGUUCGACAGCUCCACCUCUGCCAUCUGAGCAGACAGGAGAGGAAAGAGGAUUAGAUGGGCCCUAGCUUCUUUCUCUCUGGAUUGCCCACUAGUUGGCGAGUGUGGUAUUGGACAAAAUCCAUAACUGAGAAACUAUAGCUUAGUAGACCACCAGGACAGCUCAGACAGCCUGGUGAGGGUAGUUUGUUUUGUAUAAAAUCUCAACUUAAACAUCUCAUUGUGAGGCAGAGAUCCUGCUAAAUUCUUGACUGCAAUUUACAUUCACUGAAACCAUUAGUUCCAUUUUAAGGUGCAGUGCUCUAUAUUUUAAAUAUUCUCUUCCUCUUUCUGUAUGUGAUGAAUAUUAUUUUAUUAAUCAUGUUGAACUGCUGGACAGCAUUGUGGCUCAGUGGGGAGCAGCAUUACCUCCUCCUGGAGAGUCUGGGUACUCUAAUUUCCUCCUGUAAUCCAAAGCAAGAAACUAGACUAAUCGGCAUCUCUGAACUACCCGAGGCGUGUGAGCGUGCCCGUGUGUGUGCACUGGAUGCACUGUAAUCGCAGCUGGCGUGUACCCCAGGAUAGGCUCCAGGCCCCUUAGUGUUCCUCACUGGAUUAAGCAGCUGUAGGGAAGAUGAGUAAUGAAUUAAAUACUCACUUGUGUUUAGGAAUGUUCUAAACAGCCAUUUUGUGUGAUAUUCCUUUCGUUACUCUUACCCACAAACCGCUUUAUUGCCUUAUCCUGUGAAGACAAUCAAGAUUGUUUAAAAAUCUGCUAAACAUAUUCAUCUAUAAUGCAUGCUGGCUGAUGAUAGGGUUGCCAGGAUAUUAUUAUUCUUAUUACCAGUUUACCAGUCCUGACUGACCGGAUUUGUGUGUGGUUUUUGUCUGCGAUAUUAUGUGCAUGUUUGUACCUGCACUUCCGUGAUGUCAUAGCCAAGGACACAUGGGAGUUUUUCUUACACAAAAAUGUUCUGAGGGCAGAAGGGAAAUUGAUUGAUUCGAGAGAUAACCAAUCAGAUUGUUGAGGAGGUGGGUCCAAACCGCUAGAAGAUUCAGGACCAACCAAUUAGAUGUCUUGGUCCCGCCUCUUCUAGUUGCUUGGACCCACCUCCUCUACAAUCCUGAUUAAUUAUCUCUCUGAACCAGUCAUCUUUCCUUCUGCCCUCAGAACAUUUUUAUAAAACUGCCACAGACUUACCAAGGACACACACUUUUUCCAUUUCCUCUACUUAAAAAAAACUAGAAGCGUUGAUACUUUCAGUAUAUAAUCAAUUUGUGAUGUUUUUGUUAAGAUGGCUUGGGUUUGAGACUGAUAUUUGUAUUAAAAUAGGAGUCAAUGGGAAAUCCUUGCAAAUACAGCUACAGCUAAACUCAGCAUGUGAUUGGCUGCAAUAAGGUGUCUUCACACAUGCCCAGAGCCAAUCAGCCCAAAGCUGUGGAAAUCUGCCCUCCCACUCUGUCACAGUUCCCAUGUGAUAGUCUGCCACAAAGGUGAGCUGCACUUUGUGAGUGCGGUGUUUAUAUCUGAGGUGCUCCUGAUCUGGUGCUAGCUUUAAUUUUGAUCUUUUUUUUUUUUUUUUGAGAGGAAGUUCCUCAACUUCCUGAAAGCCAAUUUUUUAAGCCAGCUGACACCUGCCCGGCACAAACACUGGGUUUAUGCUACAUAUUAUGAAAAAACAGCAUUUGUUACGAUUGUGUAUAGAAUAUAAGUAUAUAAAUUUGAAGUAUAGAAAUAUAUUUCACAUUGCAUUAUUAGAGUUUUUCCAAAUCUUUAUAGCAUAAAU